CAGAUCGAGUGAUCACGGCAGAGGUUAUUGCCCCGAAAAAUCUGCCUUCUUUGAUUUGACAUGCUUCCUUUCUAUUCCCAUAUACUACACUGCAAUAAUCGCUUUGAGUUACUGCAGCGUUAAGAGGAGAGAGAGAGACUGAGUUGAGAGAGAGAGUGUGUGUGUGUGUUGCAGAGCAGUAAAACCUAUCCAGAUUCUACCGAAAUGGCCGGGUUGUUUGCGUCCAUGGCUGUGAAAUGGGCAAUUGACAAGCUCUCGUCCUUGCUGACACCGGUGAGGCAAACACCGGUGGCUUCGUCGUCAUCCUCUUCCAGUUCCAGCCAGGGACUGGACGACUUGAGGAUGCUGGAGAGGACUAUGCGCAGGAUCCACGCCACGCUUAUGGAUGCCGAGGAGCACUGGAAUAUCAGGGAGGAAUCUGCUAAGCUGCGGCUUAGGGAGCUCAAGGAGCUGGCAUACGGCGCAGAGGAUGUGGUGGAGGAGUACGAGUACGAGGUGAACCGCUGCAGAUUGGAGGCUGCCGACAGAUGUGCAAGCAACUGUUCUAAGCGCAAGCGCCAUGAGGUCAACGACGAGCAGUUUGCUCAAUUUGGAUUGGUCCCGGUUCCACAUGAGCUGGUUGUUCGAGCAAGGGAACUUAUACAGAGAUUUGAUGAGAUGAAAGUAUACUAUAAACAUUUUAGCAUGUCUGAUAAUGAUGGGGAACGGCGGAUUGUCCCUGAUAUCCAUAGCGUGCGUCCCACUAGCUAUUUGGUAGAUAAAGAGAGCAUCAUAGGAAGGGAACUGGAUAAGAAAACAAUUAUAGAAAAGCUAAUGUCUGGACAUGGUAAUAAUGCUGUGAGUGAUUACUUGUCUGUCUUGGCCAUUGUGGGUAUGGGGGGUUUGGGCAAAACAACUCUAGCACAGCUUGUAUACAAUGACCAAACAGUGCACAGAUCAUAUGAUGUUUGUGUAUGGGUUUACGUGUCUGAUCAUUUUGACUCAACGAACUUGACAAAAAAAAUAAUAGUUUCUAUUACCAAGGAGAGCAAUAACUUGUCAGAACUGGUUGAUCUUCAGGACAAGUUAGGCCAAGAGAUACGAGGGAAGAGAUUUUUACUUGUAUUAGAUGAUGUCUGGAACGAAAGAAAGGAUUGCUGGGAAACAUUUUGCAAGCCUUUGUCAGCUGCCCGACAAUGUAAUAUUUUAGUAACCACUCGCAAUGUAGCAGUAGCAAGAUUGGUGCAGACAAUGCCACACUUCACCAUUGACCACUUAAGCCCCCACGAGAGCUGGACAUUGUUUGAAAGAACAGUUGCAGUGCACGACAAUAUCAUUCAAGGAAAUCUUGUAGACAUUGCCAAGAAGAUUGUUCAAAAGUGUGACAGGCUACCACUAGCAAUCAAGACUCUUGGGAGCAUGUUGAGAUAUGAAUCUGAUGAAAGCAGAUGGAUAGAUGUCCUUGAAAGUGAAUUAUGGGAUUUGGAUAAAGCACAUAACGAGAUUUUACCGGCCUUGGAGUUGAGCUACAAGAAUAUGCCCAUGCACUUAAAACUAUGUUUUGUUUCCCUUUGUCUAUUCCCAAAAGAUUAUUCACUCAAGAAAUCUGAGGUUAUUAGCCUGUGGGGAUUACUUGAUAUUCUACAAUGUGAUGAGUGGAACAAUGAGGACGAAUCUGGGAGUCAAUAUUUUCUCUUUGGUAGAACUGGGAGUCGAUAUUAUGAUGAACUAGUACAGAGGUCAUUUCUCCAAAUAUCUUUCAAUUCUGGCAUCAUGCAUGAUCUAAUUCAUGAUCUCGCAUGCCAUCUUUCCGGGAAUGAGUUCUUUAGGCUUGAAGGUGACAAACCAGUUGAAAUUCCACAAAACGCUCGGUUUAUGUCCAUAAUUGAUUAUCAUACAUCUGUUCAGUUCUCAGCUUCCUCACACCCUUUGUGGGCCAUCAUUGGGUUGGAGAGGGAUGAAGUUACUAACCUAGAGCUACUUUUUUCGAUAUGCAAAAAUCUGCGGGUCCUUGCAUUAUCUGAUAGAAACCUUCAUGAGGCAUUACCAAGGUACAUCAGUAGCAUGAAACUACUACGCCAUCUUGAAGGGCCAUGGAAUGCACCCAGCGGAAUUUAUCCCCUAAUCAACCUACACACCUUUCCUCACGUAUAUAUCUGUAGAUGUGGUGGCAGUUUUAACUUACGAGAGCUGAAGAACCUGAACAAAAAAAAGGGUAAACUGCGUAUAAGCGGAUUGGGUAAUUUAUCUCAUGUCCAAGAUGCAAUCGAAGCUCAAUUAAUGAAUAAAAAGCACCUCCAGUUUCUACAAUUAGACUUUAGUGAAGUGGAGUGCCUACACAUGCCGCUGCAAUUGGGCCUGAACUUCACUCCUAAAGAGGUGCGGUAUGAAAAUUUGCAGUACCAAUACAUGCAGCAACCUAAAUAUCCUAUAGUACCACACAAUCAAAUACUGGAGAGCUUGAGACCACAUGAAGGACUAAGAAGACUAGCAAUAUAUGGUUACAAAUGUCAGAGCUAUCCCAGCUGGCUGGGUGAUGCUUCAUUUUCAAAGCUGACUAACAUAGUACUUUACGGUACAGAUAAGGUAACCCAACAAUGUGUUCCAACACUUGGUGAGCUACCUUUCCUCAAGUAUGUCAGCAUUGGGAGGAUGUAUUACAUGGAACACAUUGGAAGGGAGUUUUGCACCCGUAUUCCUGGCAAUAAAGGCUUCCCAUCAUUGAAAACAUUGGAAUUUAGCAAUAUGUUGCACUGGUCCAAGUGGUCUGGGGUGGAUGAUGGAGAUUUCCCAUGCUUGUCUAGUCUGAUAAUCAGUGAUUGCAAUCGGCUAAGUUCUCUUCCAUCGGAUCGAUUUUCUUCUUUGCACUACCUGAAAUUGAGUAACUGUAAUGUUAUUGGUGUCAUUCCUGCAGGGGGGACUUUAAGGGAUCUAGAAAUUCGGGUAUGCAAUGGUUUACAUACGAUCCGUACUCAACCCGCCCUCUUGAUAAUGUGGCUAUAUGAUUGCCCAAAACUAGGAGCAGUCGGUACUAUGCCCAAACUCAAUAAAUUGGAUAUACAAAAAUGUCCAAACCUCACAUCUGUAGGUUCCCUGCCCGAACUAACCACCUUGAAUGCAGAAGGUAACCUGGCAGAUGUGAUGCUGUUCGGUCAGCUCGAUCACCUCCCACUUCUGCAUUACCUGUCUAUUUGGUAUAAUACACUGAUGGACAACCCUACCAUUCCUGUUUUACAUAACCUAAAGGAGUUAGACAUUCAUAGCUGCCCUGGCAUAACAAAACUUCCGUUCCUCCCAUCACUUUUGAAAUUACGGAUAUGCAGAUGUCCAGACUUAGAUGUAAUUGGCUCACUCCCCUCACUUAACACCUUCCAUCUCUGGGAUCCACUUCUUAAAGAUAAGGUAUUGUGCAGGCUGUUGAAUGGCAUUGACCACCCCUGGCUCAACUGCAUAUCAAUUCUCUGUGAAACAAUGACGAACUUAUCUCUUGAGCCAAAAAGACUGUCUUCCCUGAGGAAGAUCCUAUUAAGUUGUGCUAAUCUCCAAUACUGUGAUGGCCUUUCUGGCCUCACUUUCCUUGAAGAGAUAAAGAUCUGGAGAUGCCCAAAGCUCCCUAUACAUAGUUUGCUCCCACGGCAGCUGCAGUCUGCUCUGGAUCUUCGUGACGCUCCAGCUUCGUUUAUCGAUGAUUUUGAUGGAGAUAUGUGGGACUUUGAGUAGCAGUAUGCGUUGGUUCCACAGCUUGGUAAUGCCUGCCUUAAAUUUCAUUGCUGAGACUAGAAACAUCAAUGGUCUGUCCUUCGAGGCACACCAACUCUGUCCCUGUCGGUCUGCUGGCAAGCAGAAGGUGGAGUGGCACAAAAGGCGGGCUACUCCCCAUCAUCAAAUCCUUGUCAUUGCAGUUGGUGCUGGCCUUUGCAAGGCAAACAUGGAAACUAUAAUGUCAUUAUCUGAGAGAUACAACAAUGAAUAAAUCUCGCCCCAAUAUUGCAAUUUCAACACUUCGGCAGUGACCCAGCAUCGUUCCAGUAUUUAUAUGUAUUCUAUCGACUUUAUCAGUCAUAAUGUAGGUUUGUCAGAACAAACUUUUUCCAAUCCAGGAAAAACCAUUGCAUUGUUGCAAGCAAUAUGCAUGCCACUUGGCAGAUGUUAAGUUGUACUGCAUUUCUAUUCUGCAGUUUUCGGUCAGCGAUUCAAUGUCAUUCAUUUGUUCCAGGCUAUUUAAACAAAUCUCCUCUGUUGUGUGGAUUUCAUUUCCACGGUGGGAUUCCAUUACCAUGAUUUUACAGUAAUCGUAUUCUGAAUAUGUAUGCAGUUUGAUUAGUUUGUUCAUAA